AUGAUCUCCUUUGCUAAUCGAAGCUUCUUUGUGCUAAAGAAGGAGUUUCAAGAGAUUCAUGAAAUAAACAAUGCAAAAGUAACUGAUUCUUCCUACUGCACGACAUAUACAGAAUUAAGCAAUUGGUCUCGUGAAGAUUGCUCAAGACUUAUCUCAAAGCUUAUCAGUAAUGGUACUUUUCUUAAACCUCUGCGUCUGCCAAAUCUAUGCCCCAAAUUAGCCGUGCUAAAUGAGGAGAGCCGUUACAUAGGCUGUUUCUACUACGAGCGAGCACAGCCGCCCCUUCGAUUGGUGUUUUAUAACGAGACGCUGCGCAACUCCCCUAACCAUUGUAUCCGCACAUGUCGAUGGGCGGGUUUGGCAUUUGCUGGCUUAGCGGAGGGCUCUCUUUGCUACUGCGAUCGGCAAUUGCCCGUCUUCAUGCUACCAUCCUCAUUAUGCGGAACUGUCGCAUGUCCUGGGGACCCCUCGGUGAUGAAUUGUGGGAGUGAAAUGGCGAUCGACAUCUUCAUUAUCGGCGCCGUUGAUUCUCCUCCCUCUGCUUCUUCGUUCACCGCAGUGGCCCCUGUCAUACCACUGGAUCGCCUGGCAUCGAUUUCCUCAGAGGAGUUUGACAGCGUGAAAAUCGUCUACGUCCUUAUACUUACGGGUAGAAGUUGGCGACAUGUGCAGAGAAUGUUCCGUCUUCUUUAUCACACUUCUAACUACUUCUACAUCCAUGUUGAUUUGAAAAGUGACUAUCUAUACUCUCGGUGCCAAAGUCUAGCCAAGUUGUUCCCGAACAAUGUAUACGUAACUCCCAACCGCCAAAAUCCGAUUUGGGGUGCGCCCAGUUUAUUAGAUCUCUUGCUCUCUAUUUUGGAAGAUCUCUUCUCUAACUUUCCUCAUUGGAAGUGGGACUUCUUUAUCAAUCUUAGCGAAACUGAUCUGCCAGUUAUGCCGGUUGGAACAUUGGUGCGCCUGCUUGACUCUCACCGCGGACGGAUAUUUGUGAAACAGACGGCUGAAGAGAUAUUUAAAUAUAUCCACUCCGAGGGUUUACAGUAUGCCUUUGUCCAAUGUGGGAAUUAUGUGUGGCGAGCUGGUGCACGUCCUCCGUUGGAUGGAGUAGUCAUCCACGGGGGUUCGGACUGGCUGAUACUGCCACGCGACUUCGCCUUCUAUGCUGUUUUUUGCAAUGACAGUCUUGUACAAGGUCUUCGAAUUUGGUUUCGGAAUGCAAUUCUCCCGGUGGAGAGUUUUUUUCACACCCUCGCCUACAACUCCCACUUCUGUGAGAAGGUCGUUAAUGCCAACCUUCGACUUACUAACUGGCAACGUCCACGAGGUUGCAGCUGUAAAAAGACCACCGUAGCCGAUUGGUGUGGCUGCUCACCCUCCGUGUUCUCUGGUCCACAAGCUCUUCUUCGACUGCAUGAGGCGCUAAAUGUUGAUGAUAGUCCAUUAGCCUUUGGAAGAAAAUUUGACUCCACAAUCGACGUUGCUAUGGUGAACUACAUGGAAAAACGCUUGUUAGGACGACAUCUACCUUCUGACGAAAAUCUCGAUCUUUACCUUGAAUCAAUCUUUUCUUCAGAAUUCGAUGGAAGGAAGGCACCUUUAUGUAUGCGAAGUGGCAUAAAUGAUUUACUCAAGGUGGCAUGUGAAUUUGCCAAGUCUUCUGAAACAAAUCGCCGCUUGUGUCAUGAGUUACUGGCUUCCGGCACAAAUGAUCUCUCAUCAAAGCAGAUGGAUGUUUUCGCUCUCUUCAAUGCCACCGACGUCCUUGGUGGACUGAACUAUACACAUAUGGGCAUUCAUCUCGAUCAGGAUGGCUUUCUACCCAGGGAAGUGAUCAGUUCAACGUUACCCCUGCGUCCACUCCACCCUCCUAAAUUGGUGCUUCGUCUACCCUUUAUGGAAGUGCUCUUUCGACUUGACAACACCUCGACACAGGCCUGGAUCUCACCUCGCCCUCCAGAUACUUUGAGUCCUGCUGAGCUCUUUUACUUUGAGGUUGGGUUCGGUUUCGACGUAAAAGAACUCAUCUUCCGCAAUUACCACCGGUUUACGCCGACCUGGCAAGACGCUGGUCUUUUGACUCUCUUGGUGAUUUGGCGUGACUGCAAGGAGGAUGCCACACCUUUGAGGGUCAGUCUGUUCAAACCCGGAGUGGAGUCUGCUGCCUGCGAGCUCAUCAUUCCGCGCAGCAUUCUCAGGGACGCUCCAUACCCCGGUUUACCAGGUUUUCGUGCGUCUUUUAUCGAACUUGAUCUUAUCCAUUGUGUUAGCGGAAGGAGCGAUGGCGUGUGGAAGAUUGCGAUAGAGGAUAAGUGGGCAAGCUUCAGUGUGGGUCAAAUCAAUAAACCUAUAUGGAAGGUGGACGACGUCUGUGGAGCUUGGGCGGGAGCACAAUGCAGCACAAAGGUGUGGAGUUCCGUUAGGAUCGAUCGAAAGUCUACUCUGGGUCAGUUUGAUGCUGCCACAGGAUUUCUGCUACUUGGCGAGUCAGAUGCAAACCUUCUUGACAUUGCUAUCUGA